AUGAGUAGUGAAGUUCAAACUUUACAUGUGUUCUUCUUCCCUUUCUUGGCCCACGGUCAUAUGAUACCAACCGUUGACACGGCCAAAUUAUUUGUUGAGAAGGGUGCUAAAGCCACCAUCAUCACCACACCCUUCAAUGCAUCACUCAUCUCCAAAACCAUAGGAAAAGCCAAAACUAGCAGCAACAUGAUUCGUGUUCAAACAAUCGAUUUUCCUUCUGCUGAGGCUGGUUUACCUAACGGAUGUGAAAAUUCUGAUUCCAUCACUUCCGGGGAUUUAUUUCCCGCCUUUUUCAAGGCAUGUGGAUUGCUACAGAAACCUCUUGAGAAACUAUUGCUUGAGCAACAUCCACAUUGUGUUGUUGCUGAUGUGUUGUUCCCAUGGGCUAUUGAUUCUGCAGCCAAAUUUGGAAUUCCUACGCUUAUGUUUGAUACGGGUAGUUUCUUCUCUUUGUGUGUUUCCGAAUGUAUGAGGGUCUACAAGCCUUACAAGAAUGUUUCUUCUGAUUCAGAACCCUUUGUCAUUCCUAACCUUCCAGGUGAGAUUAAGAUGACAAGGAUGCAAGUGUCACCUGAUGUCAUGAGUGAUGAGAGUCAUAGCGUUACCACAUUGUUGGAAGAAGUAGAGGGAUCAAAGUUGAGGAGCUACGGGGUGGUUGUUAACAGUUUCUAUGAACUUGAGAAGGCUUAUGUAGAUCAUUUUAGGAAGGUUCUUGGAAGAAAAGCAUGGCAUAUUGGGUCAGUGUCUCUUUGCAAUAGGGAUACAGAAGAAAAAACACAUAGAGGAAUGGAGGUUUCUAGUGAUGCGCAUGAGUGCUUGAAAUGGCUUGACAAAAAGAAAGCAAAUUCAGUUAUUUACGUAUGCUUUGGAACUAUAACAAAAUUCCCAAAUUCUCAACUUAAGGAUAUUGCAAUGGGUCUUGAGGCUUCAGGACAACAAUUUAUUUGGGUCGUGAGAAAAAGUAAAGAAGAUGGUGAACAGGGAGCAAAAUGGCUACCUGAUGGAUUUGAGAGAAGAAUGGAAGGUAAGGGACUAAUCAUAACAGGUUGGGCACCUCAAAUGUUAAUACUUGAACAUGAAGCAAUUGGAGCAUUUGUGACCCAUUGUGGAUGGAAUUCAAUUUUGGAAGGAGUGACUGCAGGGGUCCCUAUGGUCACUUGGCCUAUUGCUUUUGAGCAAUUUUUCAACGAGAAGUUGGUGACUGAGGUCCUUAAAAUUGGGAUACCUGUUGGAGUUAAAAAAUGGGUUGCAAUUGUUGGGGAUAGUAUCAAAUGGGAUGCAAUGGAGGAGGUUGUGAAGAGGAUAAUGAUAGGAGAAGAAGCCAAUGAAAUGAGGAGCAAAGCAAAGGUUCUUUCACAGCUAGCCAAGCAGGCUGUGGAAGAAGGGGGAUCUUCCUACUCAGAUUUGAAUGCUUUAAUUGCAGAGUUAGGUUCCCUCACACGUUCAAAUGAGUAA